CAACAGAUACUGGAGCAAUGGACCCUGAAACAACAGAUACUGGAGCAAUGGACCCUGAAACGACAGAUACUGACACAAUGGAUGUUGAAAAAAAUGACACAGGAGCAAUGGAUACUGAAACAAUCAAUACAGGUACAAUUGAAAUUGAAACAAAGGAUACAGAUACAAUUAUUAAAACUAGUGACAAUGCUUGUGUGUAUGAAAUGCCAAAAGAGCAUAUAUCAGAAAAUUCAGAGGAGAAUCAUGGACACAAAUCUGAUGACAGUAUUCAUAGCAGUGAGAAUGAUGAUAAUGAUGUUUACCAUACUGUACAGACAUCCAAUACUAAGCGAGUAUUUGCUGAGCUGGGAAAUAAUUCUACAAGUACUGUACGAAAAGAGUUCAGUGAAGCCAAUCAUGAAAAAAGACAAAACAGUCGUGCUUGUUGGCAAGAAUAUAUGACACAUGGCAAAACAAAACUAACACCGACCUCAGAACCGCAUUUCUUCCUUCCUGCAGAAGACCUUGAAUCAAAUAUGAAAGAACUGUGUCAUUCUGCACCGUUGAUAUUAUCUCGAAAAUUACAGCAUAAUGAGAGAAAACUUGAUAAAUCACAGAUACCAUCACAAAGACAUAUGCUGGCUAAGAGGGACAAAACAAGACCACAUCCUACAGCAGAAGAUACUAAGAGAAUUGCAAACAUUUUCUCCACUAAAUUCUGACUUGUAUAGUUAUUUACAAAUUACUGUUAUAGUGAAGGAUAUUGGAUCAAGAAGUGCCCCAGAUUAUACAUGUUACAGUUAAAAAAA